UAGUUUCCGUUUUCAUUUGUGUUUCCGUGUUUAAAAUAAAAUCUGAAAAAAGGAACUCUUUUGGCGAUGAAGUUUUUGACCUCUGGCGAAGCAGCUAAACCGAAAUGGUGGAGAGAAAUUAAAGCUCAACUGAUGAAGCAAAUAACAAAAACUACGGAAUGCAGAUUUUAUCCACUCAAUACAGUAUUAUUAUUCUUUUUUUUUAAAUCAAAUAAUGAACACAAAAAAAAGUUGCUUGAAAAAAAAAAUAGGGUAGUAAUAGAGUUUUUUUCUUGUCAUUGUAUUUCUCAUACACAAUGCUUCAUAUUUACUUUAAUGUGCGCAUAAUCUGUAGCUUGACUUGGCUUUCCGCUUAAAGCGCCUAAUGCGGACUUUUACUUUGAAAGGGCCAGCGGUUACCUCUGAACCUCGCCGCUCACUGUCUGUUUGACAUCCAAAGACUCCCGCAAAUGCGACGAGAUGAAAGCUAACGUCGGCUACAUUUUUAACACCCGCUGCCCCGCCGCUUCCUUAGCCGUCUGCAGAGCGUUCUCCAGCCGGUGAAUUCGCCCGUUAUAGUCCGCUCGGAGGCGCCCGUAACCGCGACAAGAGACUCGGGCUGCGGCGAAAAUGGAUUGACUCACGCCCGCCGAAAGGAGCCAAGAAUGGAUUGAGGUGCGGUAGCUAGCGUUAGCCGGCUAGCCAUGGAGGGAGAUAGAGGAGCCUGUGACUUUGUCUUGUUAGACUCUUAAUCCGUAAAAAUGACUUGCUGUGAGUUAUUCACCGUCCACAACUACCCAGCCCACGUAUGUAAGUGUUGUUAAAGUGCGCCAGUGCUAUGCUGCGCACACGCCCUGAAUAUGUCAGCUGUCCUGCACAUACUGCAGACUUGGUUGUCAGUACAUAGAGCCAGUUGUGCUGUUUUCACUCCAACAGCCUAGAUUGUUCCCUUCUAUACCAAGCUAUAAUUUAAAAACAAUCAAAUGUAGGUUUAUCUGAAAGCUAGCCCCACUAAACUAGAGUGCAACUUUAUAUUUACUUAGGUGUUACACUGUUUAUCUUCCCCCCUCCUCCUCUAAAAGAUUUACUGUGUGUAAGCUGCAGCCCAGUGGUGCCUCUUUGACUAGUCCCCCCCCCACCCUCCUCAGUUGUAUGGGAAACUGGCUGUAGCAGGACUGCUGUAGGUCAACCAUGGGAGGCUCAGUGUCUUGCUGCAUCUCUCCCGGAGAGAGUCCCAAGAUCCACAGGAGAGAGGUGGAACUCGAGGAGUGUCCCAUCACCACCACAGAGGACGUGAGCGAAGACACCGGGACCUACCUGCAGCACAUCAGCGACAGGGAGCUCCCAGAUGAACUGGCUCAGGAGGCCAACCCAUCAGACCACCCCAGAGCCAGCACCCUCUUCCUAAACAAGUCGCAGACAGACGUACGUGAGAAAAGGAAAAGCAACUACAUGAAUCAUACAUCCCCGGGGCUCCUGACGAAAAAAUACAGUUCUUGCUCGACGAUAUUCAUCGACGACAGCACAGUCAGCCAACCCAACCUCAAGAGCACCAUCAAAUGUGUCGCAUUGGCCAUAUACUACCACAUAAAAAACAGAGAUUCAAACCGCUCGCUGGAUAUAUUCGACGAGAAGAAGCACCCGCUGUCGCGAGAAAAGGUUCCGGACGACUACUCCGUGGUCGACCCAGAACACAAGCUCAUCUACCGCUUCAUCAGGACGCUCUUCAGCUCCGCGCAGCUCACCGCCGAGUGCGCCAUCGUCACCCUGGUGUACCUGGAAAGGCUGCUGACUUACGCCGAGAUGGACAUCUGCCCCUGCAACUGGAAGCGCAUCGUUCUCGGCGCCAUCCUGCUGGCCUCGAAGGUCUGGGACGACCAGGCGGUGUGGAACGUGGACUACUGCCAGAUCCUCAAAGACAUCACAGUGGAGGACAUGAACGAGAUGGAGCGUCACUUCCUGGAGCUGCUCCAGUUCAACAUCAACGUCCCGGCCAGCGUCUACGCCAAGUAUUACUUCGACCUGCGCUCGCUGGCUGACGACAACAACCUCAGCUUCCCUCUGGAGCCGCUCAGCAACAAGCGGGCCCAGAAGCUGGAGGCCAUCUCCAGGCUGUGUGAGGACAAGUACAAGGACCUCAGCAAAUCUGCAAUGAGGAGGUCCGUCAGCGCGGACAACCUGGUUGGCAUCAAGAACGCCCAGGCGGUGCUGUCUUAAGUCCGGCGAGGGAGAAUGGAACAACCCGAGUCAAGCUACCGAACGUGACGCCGACGUUCGCCCGAGAGACUCUUCCAAAAGUAGAUUCUGUUAAUAUCUGACAAAGCUUCACUACAAAAUGUUAAACGUCCAUUUCGGAGAGGGUGCAAAAGACCAGAAGUUUACCAUACAGUAUCACGAAAAUAUCAUGAAUCCAGCCGCUACGUGUUCAUCACAAGGAACUUCAGCUAUUUGCCUUUAAAGCAUGGUAAUAUGGUAAAAAAAAAUUAAAAAAUAUCGCAGACAGAACAUUUUUUUAAAAAGGUGGAUGGUAUUGAAAGGAAUCAGCAUGAAAAUGCCUCCUGAAGCCACACAUUGAGGACGGUAUCUUCUUCUUUUUCUUGUUUUUUUUUACAUCAGCCAAUGUUUCGCAGAGUAACGUGAGGCUUCGGCCCUCUUCUCUCCACCAGCCGUCUCCCUUCCCUUCCCUCCCUCCCGCAUUCAGACGAAACCGUCUCGAACUACCCUGUGGUGUAGUUCUGCACACGGACAAAGAGUAGACUUUGUUUUGCUUACUAUGUAGGCCCCUAUAGCUGUGAAAUGUACGAGACUUUAUUUAAUUCAAAUAAAUUUCACUCGCUGUUUCAAGUUGAGGCUGCUUUAGGUGGGAAACGUGUGUCGUGGUGGUUUUUUUUUUGGUUGGGAAAACAAGCAGGAAGUGGUGUUCUGCUGGUGGAGAAGUCACUUCAUAUGGUGCUGGUCAUCUUCAAUAAAAACAUCACACAUAUACCUCCAGAUGAUGAACA